CACAACUUAAAAUCUGCUAUUUCACAUGAAUAUAUCAAGAAAUACAUAUCGCUCGAAAACAUAGAGGACAUCAGAAAAAUACGUACGGACGUUUAUAACGUUGUUUAUCAACAAAUACAAAAAGUCACAUGGAUGGAUGAACCUACAAAAGUAGCAUCUCUUGAGAAAAUCGCGUAUAUAUACUACGCGUUUUUUAAGCCCGAGUGGUACACCGACGACGGUAUUUCCAGAUAUUACGAAAUUCUGAACGUUAGUAUGGGAUAUUUCGACAAUAUCAUAAAUAUUAUUAAAUUCGAGAGAAAGAAACUAUUGAACUUGCUCAGAACACCCGUAACCAAAGACGUAUGGUUUCUUGAACCGACAGAACCGGAAGCAUACUACUCUCCUGUUCUCAAUAAAAUCGUUAUAACUGCUGCCUUAUUACAAAGUCCUGUGUAUGACAGAAAGCGUGUUGCGUUGAUGAAUUAUGGAUCGCUAGGAGUUGUUAUUGGACAUAAUAUUAAUCUUGCCUUCAAUUCUAUAAGUAAUAGGUUUGACAAAGAUGGCAACCUUAAGCAAUGGUGGACACAAAACAGUAUCAAUAAUUACAACAAUAUAACGCAAUGUUUCGUUGACCAAUACAACGAGUAUCUAGUUCCGGGUUUAGAGAAUAUUCUAUUAAACGGAGACAUGUCGGUCAUUGAAAACUCUGCCGAUUCUGUUGGAAUUCUUGCUGCAUAUUAUGGGUACAAGAACAGAAAAGCAAGACUGAAUGAAACAGAGUGGCGACUGCAAGGACUAGAAGAGUACAGCGAAGAUCAAAUCUUUUUCUUGACUUAUGCUCAAUUCUUCUGUGAAACCGCUCUGCCGGAACGGAUAGAACAAGAUAAUUAUUAUCUACCUGGCCAAUCUCCGAAAGAAAUUAGGAUUCGCGGCAGUCUUUCGAACUUUCGUGAAUUCUCCGAGAUUUACAAUUGUUCCCUGGGAAGUCAAAUGAAUCCUGAAAAGAAGUGCGUAGUUUGGUACUAAACCAACGAACAACGAAAACACGUGAAAGUAAUGGAACUACAAAAUUAUGAUUGCGGGUUUUUCUUUCCUUCAGCAAACAAAUCAUUUGUAAUAAUCAAAAACAUAUUACAUAUAUGUAAUACAUUAGUGCUUGUUAAGUAUUAAAUACAUUUGGGAUAAAAUAGUUUUGAGUUUCUUUCGC